AUGGACCCAGAGACGCCGAGAGGAGCUUUCACACCGAUGAUUCAAUUGUUGGUUGAUAUCUUGUACAGUUGUCAGGAACAAGCUCUAGCUGAUGAAGGGAAUGCUGCGCCGAGGGAAUAUCCAGUCAAUCGUUUCAGUUACAUCUCGGUGCAAACGAUGUGGAGUUGCAACUUGACAGAUUGCGAUCUUGAGAACUCGAUCUCGUUGGAUUAUUCGAGAUAUCCGGCUAGGGCGAAAGAGAGUAUCCAUUUGGAGAAAUUCAAAAAUUUUCGAAUGUAUUCAAUUGCAAACACUGAUGAUUUCCCAAAGCUGAUCGAUGAGUUGUAUAUUUGCCCGGUUAAUGGCACUUACGUAACACCGAGUCAUCAAAGCACUGAAACCACGACAAAGCCACAUUCAACAGAUAAGGAUCUCGAUUGGGUUCUUCCGAUGAUUUUUGUCAUCAUUCUCUUUUGUUUUGGGCUUUGUCUGGUGGCACGAUGGAGAUUUUGCUCGCAUUGGACACCGAAGAUUCCUUUUUUGCACGAUUUCAAAAUGAGACACGGAAGUGCGCAUUCUGUGGCAUUACAGGAUCAAAUUCGGGCAGCCACUCUGCAAUCGGCGGCGGGUUUAGCCGGGAUCGGCUCGAUGGCAAGUAAACCGAGAACGGCAAGUGGGAGUAGUAACGGAAAAGACCCCUGGGAGAUUAACUCCGACCGGGUUUUUCUGACCCACGAACGCUUGGGUUGUGGAGCAUCUUCAGAAGUAGUAAAAGCUUUGUUGAAAGGAAGACCGCCAGUUAAGGAUCGAGGAGCUCCAAUGCAGCUCGCUCUCUCGUUCAACGACAACAGCAAUGUGGUGGCUGCGAAAUAUUUGAAGCCAAGCGCUUGCUUGUCUGCAAAAUCCUCAUUCAUGGCGGAGAGUAAAUUAUUGAGAGAGAUCGGUUUUCAUCCGCACAUCGUUCCUUUUGUUGGCAUAGUUAGUGAUGGACCUGAUCGCUUAUUGCUCACACAGCUUUGUCCAUUCGGCGAUUUGCUGAGGUUCUUGAAAAAUAAUCAAGGAACUUUGAAAGAGUUGGAGGAAAAGGAGAAACAAAUCAUUGCAUGGCAGAUUUGCGAUGCUCUAUGCUAUUUGAGUGCUAAAAAGUUCAUUCAUCGAGAUGUUGCCGCGAGAAAUGUGUUUAUGUACGGGAGAACGAUCGGAAAGCUUGGAGACUUUGGCCUUUGCGUGAAGGCCCCAGAAGGGAGAAUCCGUGCCGGAGGUCAUCUCCCAGUUCGAACAUUGCCACCGGAAGCCAUUGAAACGCUUGUGUUUGAUGAGAAAACUGAUGUCUGGGCAUUCGGGCUUCUCUUAUGGGAGUUGUACACGGGUGGGUUGGUGCCAUUGGCGGAUAUCACUCUUCCAGAGGUGCUUUCAUCGCUCAAAUCCGGAUAUCGGCCACAAGUACCGGAGAAGUGUCCAGAGAAAAUAGUUGAACUGAUGGCAGAAUGCUGGCAGAUGAGUCCAGACGAUCGGCCGUCAUUCACCGAUCUCCGCGCCGCUCUCUUCAACGUGAUUGACUUAACCUCGGCUCAUUACGGCUACAUUCACUUCCAAGACUAUAAACGAUUUAUUUUCACCCUUUCGCGCGGGAUUUCAACGAUGCCCACGCAAUUGAACAACGAAAACGAUUUCAAAUCGCUCACUUCAAAUGACAACCUCUCGAUUGUGCACUUCUACGCUUCGUGGGCUCCACAAUGUCAACAAUUGAACCAAGUUCUCGAUGAUCUUAAGGCUGAAGCAACGACUACGUAUGAAGUUGCCUACAUUGACGCGGAAGAGGUGCCAGAAGCUUCUUUGGCCGCAAAUGUCACCGCCGCACCGACCACAAUCUUUUACAAGAAAGGGAGGGAAGUUGCCCGAGUGAAUGGAUUUCAACCAAUCGAGAUUCGGACGCAAAUUUUGAAGUUUUCUGGAUCGCACGUAGCAUCAGUUUCUGCUCCAGUUAAAGAAGAUUUAAAUGACCGUUUGAAGAGACUAAUCAGCACAAAGCGAUUGAUGCUUUUCAUGAAGGGAGACGCUACAACUCCUCGUUGUGGUUUCAGUCGUCAGACAAUUGACCUCCUCAACGAAAUCAAUGCUGAAUACGGCACAUUUGAUAUUCUGAACGAUGAAGAAGUUAGACAGGGCCUAAAAGAAUACAGCAACUGGCCAACUUAUCCACAGCUUUAUUUGGAUGGAGAGCUUGUCGGCGGGCUGGAUGUGAUUCGAGAAGAGCUUCAGGAUGCCGAUUUUGUUGCAAGGAUUCCGAAAAAAGAGACACUCAACAAUCGUUUGAAGCUAUUAAUCAACGCGAGUCGCUUGAUGUUAUUCAUGAAGGGUAAUGAGGAGACUCCACGCUGCGGUUUCAGCAAGCAAAUAAUCGGACUAUUGAACGACGCAAAAGUGGAUUUCAGAACGUUUGACAUUUUGGGCGACGAAGAAGUUAGACAGGGUUUGAAAGAAUACAGCAACUGGCCAACGUAUCCCCAACUCUACUUGGAUGGUGAACUUAUCGGUGGUUUGGACGUGAUACGUGAAGAGCUCAAGGAUAACGACUUCGUGGAACGCUUGCCUCGUAAAGCC